AGUCACCCCUGGGAAACGGUAACGACGGCUGCCAUGCAGAAGUACCCAAACCCCAUGAACCCCAGCGUGGUUGGAGUCGAUGUCCUGGACAGACACGUAGACCCUAGUGGGAAGCUGCACAGCCACAGACUCCUCAGUACGGAAUGGGGAAUACCCUCCAUUGUGAAAUCGCUCAUCGGCACGUGCAGAACGAAGACGUAUGUUCAGGAGCACUCUGUUGUUGACCCAGUGAAAAAAACAAUGGAGCUCAAAUCCAGUAAUAUUUCAUUUACAAACCUGGUGUCAGUAGAUGAGAGGCUUGUCUAUAAACCACACCCCCACGAACCAGACAAAACCAUUUUGACACAAGAAGCAAUAAUAUCUGUAAAAGGUGUCAGUCUCAGCAGUUACCUAGAAGGGCUAAUGGCAAACACAAUUUCCUCCAAUGCUAAUAAAGGCCGGGAAGCAUUGGAAUGGGUAAUUAAUAGACUGAAUGCUGAAAUUGAAGAGUUCACAGCUUCAGAGAGGAACCAUGAGGAAUUCAAUGGCAGCAGCAGCAUUUGUAGAGAAAUGAUAGUAAAUAUACCUGUAUUACUAAUGAGGUUUAACAAUCUGAAGCUUCUCUCCAAACCUAAAUACAUGUAUCCUUUGUUAUUUAAAGGCAUACCUGUGUAUUAGGCAUGUUUCAAAUUUAAUUUGGAGAAAAGCUGAAUUCUUACUAAUGAGGUUGAUGCGCAAAGCCUAGUUAAUAUAUUGGUUCAGCUGGACCGAAUUUCGGUUACAGAUGAAGAAAUAAUUUUCAAGUGUAGUUCCUGUAUUUACAUGAACACUAACUUAUGUUGGUUUCAGAUAUGAAAUAGCCUCAUUUAGCGAUGAGGCUGCAUACGGUGGAGGAGACUGGUAUGUUAGGUUAACUUCUGUGGAAUUUUUGUUUUGUGUGACGUACGGACUACCUCUUUUGGGACCAAGCCCAAAAUUAAGCAGAAUGGUUUGUUCCAGCAUUGUUCUGUUUGCUAGUUUUUUUAUAGUUGUGUGACACAACUUGGUUUAAUAGAAAGUUUAUUACUUGAUGCUUGAAAUACAAAAGAACGUACAAAAUAUUUUUUAAUAAGCUUUUUAACUUUUUUGACUGGUUGAGCUAACAUGGUACUCACAUUGUUUUUCAGUCAAUAUAGGUAAAACAUACAAAGUGUCUCUUAUCUACUAAGACCUAAAUUCUAUCCCUAAAUGCGACAUUAAUGAGCUGGGCGUGCAGUAACUUAAAAUAAAAUUUUAUCUUUAAACUUAUAGAAUAAGUAUCUCCAUUUCUAAAAGCCUGUUAAAUAGAUGGCUGCAAUAAGCAUAGAGCCUUAAAAUCUUGCAAGCUGCUAGGCCAUCUAAGAAUAGUAGGUGUUCACUUCAGAAUUUCAAAGAACCACUUAAAGGACUAAAAAACCUUUGUGAAGUUGGCUAAAGAGAUACCUAAACAUAAGAGGAAGUGAUAUUAAAGAAUGUUAACGAUACACUCAUUAACUUGAUCAUGCUCCAAAAAUAACCUGUUGCAUCAACUGAAUAUUGUGUUGUCCUUUAAUUUAAACAUAGUGUUCUAAGUUCCAGGAGGUUCUUUACCUUUUGAACUAAUUUGCUCACAAUACAAGGCUCUUUAAAUGAAAACCUCGAGAAUAAAAAGUUUUCUGCAGUUUGUGUUUGUUUCUUGGUACUCGCUGUAGAUUCUUGGUACUGUCACCAGUCAUUAGCUGUGGGAACCUAAAGGUCAGACCUUGACAUCCUUCCUUGCAUAGUAUACCAGUCUGCUGGUAGUCCUGUCGACUUCAGCAGAGGCUGGCUGUCCCAUGAGGCUCCUUCAGUGUGAAGGAAAAACGGAAGGACACAGCCCUGGACUAGCUGAUGCUUGUAUUUUGGUGCCAGAGGCUUUUCCUGGAAUUUUGAUUCUAAGCUUACAAGUAAUUUCAAGACUCUCUCUUAGCCUUUAAGAUCUGUAAUGUCACCUGUUCCAGCACAUUUUACGUUGCAUGCCAUUUCUGUUAUAUCAGAAUUGCCUAUUGAAUAGUGUCUGCUAUAUAGAGAACCAGAGCUUAUUUUAAGCGGUAAACACAUGGGAACACAAUCUUCUCUAAGAUUUGUGUAGGGGAAAAAAAACAGGGGUGUGUAUGUGUAUAUAUAUAUAAAAAAAAAACUUCUAAGAAUUUAACUAUUUUAAAUAUUUUUCUAAAAAGAAAUAGUUUGAGACUACCUUAAUAAAUUGAAAUCAUUGAGGUUUGCCAUGCUUUUACAGGAGGUUAUUACAACUGAAAUAGCAUUUCAAUUUAAAAAGUGUAUGUGAAACUUCUGCAAAACUGUACCAUCAUUUCUGAUAAAAAUGCAGCGCUUGAAACUGAUUUUAAAUGUUUUUGUAGCCAUUAGCAUCACUUGGCAUUUUAAAGUCGAUUUUUUCUUUUCCUAAUUUUUCUGCACUAAGGACUGUAUAGUAUGAACACACAAUUUGCCCUUGCACUGAAAAAAACUUUAAUUUUUGCAAGCAUUGAACAACUUCUUGAAAGAUCAUGAUUUUCUUUGUUCUACUUUAUUUAUAUGCCUGCAUUCUCAUUCUGUCAGGGACUACGGCUUUCUGUAUGUGGCGCUUUUUAAAUAAAAUUUUAUCUGAGUUCUAGC